UGCAUACUUUAAUAAUUGACCAUAAUUAGAUGCAAAGAUGAAAAAUGGCGGGAAAAUGAACAAAAAAACUCCGGAAGUUUUGUUGACGAAAUUGAAAGGACGGUCUUUAAAUUCCUCGUACUGUAGGUCUAUUGUGGCUUAUGAAUGGGAAAGCUUUAGAGCGUGACAUUAGCACUCACACAAAUCAUAAAUAUCACAACGCUUGGAUCGACCGCGUGGUCUCUGAUCAGUCGAUUACAUACCGUGAAGGUGUAUACUACACCUCACGAUCCUGAUCUCGGUGGGGCCGGAUGAGUUAAACCACUACGCAUUUACCCAUCUCAAAUUACCGUAAACAUUAUCUACCCUCUCGAGAAGAACGCUCACACUGAAUUAUCCGUUUGCUUCGUCAAAGUGCACAAGUCCAACAGUUGAGUAUAACAUUGUCCAUCACAAUCUAAGUUUUAGUUACAAGACUGUAACACGUUGUAGGCACUUAUUGGUAAUGGCCAGUGUAAAUUCUCGAUCAGAACUGUUCCCAAACAGAGCAUUUACGCCUCCUGAUAGCGUUUUUGCAAUGGACGAUGAUCACGAUCCAGAAUUUCAAGCGAGAAUGCCACUUCGACAUCACUCAUCUUACGAAAAUAUGAACGGAAAAGUCAUCACUGACGACACCCACCAUUAUGAAGACCCUGUUAGACUGAAAGCGCAGAUCAGUACGAGUCGAGGAAGACCCAUCCCGGAACCAAGCAAAUCGAGCAACAAAAGACCAAGAAAGAAGAUCAACGAAACCUAUGAACCUGUUGGGACAAAAGGGCGCAAAAGAACCUUCACAGACGAAUCUUACUCCUCCGAUGGAUACCACAGAGAUCGUUGUUCUACCCUCUUUAAAAUCCUAGCUUUUGUUGGGUUUUUCGUCGGUUUAGCAGCUUUGGCAUUGGUGGUUAUGAUAACGUUAGGAAUGCUUUCACUUCCUUCGUGCCACGAUUGCAAGAAGGAGAUUGUGCCUGGUUCUUCCUCGAAUCCCGAAGCUUCUGGAUCAACGCAAGAAUUGUGGCAAAUUAUCAAAGAAUUGAGAGAAAACGUGAGCAGAUUGAGUGUGGCAGUUAGAGGGAAAGAUGACAUGAUCUCGCAACUUCAGAGACGCGAUUUAGAACACACGAACAAGAUCGCAGAGCUGGAAAGAAUAGCAACUCAGCGAGUAUUCGUCUCUAACAACACGGAUUUUAACGUCAGCGGGCUCAUUGGACCACGAGGUCCGCCAGGGAUUCCUGGGCCACCAGGUCCAAAAGGCGAAGAUGGUUCAGAUGGAAAACCAGGCAAGACCGGCUCAGGGAAUAUGACUUUGUGUCGCUAUGUGAAGAAAACGAGUGUCUCGUUUACAGCAGACAGUCAUAGCACUGGACAAAACGUGAUCGUUACUGAGCCAAAAGGAUACAGAAUGAUGGGGGUUACUUGUUCGACGCUUGGAACUUCGGAAUAUAAUUUGAUAACUGUUGAAAAUGAUCAGAAAGUAAGACAUUACACCUGCGAGUGCAGAGGGAUUUCAAGUGUGUUUACUGUAGACGAGGGUCGCGCUCAAUGUAUCAUGCAUUACUGGAUCUGCCCAUUAAUUUCAUAGAAACUGGAAGAUAUUAAUUUUAUACUUUCACUUAAAGACGCGAUCAAAAACAGAGAAGGCAGAAGAGUUUCAUUUAAGUAAAAUUCAGUAAGACAUAAAAAUUUACAGCCUAGUCGAAGGCAUUGCACUGCUCAGUUACGUAAACCAUAGUGAAGCGAUCCACAGACGCAAAAGAUAGAACAAUGCUUUCUCCAUGAGCUAUCAAAGGUGCGGUUCUAGAGGUAAAAAGUAUUGAAUACAACGCGUUUUAGUUCAGUGAAUUUUAAUUUAAUCAAUAUUACCAGGGUACAUUAAUUGUAUGUUGUAAAAUAGUAUGACGUGCGCAAUUCCGGGAAAACCACGAAAUUCAAUGUUGUAAGUUUGCCAGUAUCAUGUCGGACUUGUGGGAAAUUACUUUAUUUACUUACCAAGUUACAUGUUGUCAGUAUUUUAAGCGGGAAUGUGGCGGCCAUUGUAAAUUCAAUUGACGUUACUCGUUAGGAAUGUCGAUGUUAAAAAUACUCGCUCACUUAUCAUAGUAUUGUGAAUAUCACAUUGGGGAGGAAUUCAGCAAUUUCUUUAAAUAUUAGAGGCGAAUAGUUGUAGUUAUCCAUUGAUUCACUGAUUAUCCAUUUAAUCGGAGGCGUUGAUGAUUAAUUUCUGACGGAAAGUCAAAGUGCAUACUAACCAUUGCUUGGCAAUGAUUUGAUUGUGUACAUGCAUUUGCAUGACCAUCUGUAGUUUAUAAUAAUUUAAUCAUAAUAAAAACCAUGAUAUUCAUUCUUUUAUGUUGUACAUCGACACGACAAUCGAUCGCGUGAUAAAAUAUAUUUAAAG